AACGCUCGUGGAAACGUUAUAUCUCCUCGUCGCGUCGUUAUUCGCCUUAAUUCGUCGGUGAUUGUGACCCUAGUAGCUGAGGGAAGUGCCAUGUAGGAUGGAAAAUUGAUGUGCGAGACGAUGAGUGAUUCGCUCUUGCUUAUUGUUGACGUGCGCCCCUGACAUACGGGUUGCUCUCAGUACUCCCGCUCCAAAAUACGGUGUCCUACCUAGUCAAAAUGAAAUAAUGGGUGAUUCCAAGACCUGCCCGGAAGAAUAUUUCGGCAACUACUCGACCCUGUUCGGCACUACCGACGUGCCGGAAUGGGAGGCCUUCCUGACGAUAUUCACCCUCACCCUGCUGAUCUUGCUCGUCAUCAUCGGAAACGUCCUGGUCAUCCUCUCGGUCUUCACUUACAAACCGCUGCGGAUAGUCCAAAACUUCUUCAUCGUAUCGUUAGCGGUGGCGGACUUGACGGUGGCCGUUCUGGUUCUGCCCUUGAACGUGAUUUACUCCGUUUUGGGCAGAUGGGUCUUUGGCAUUCACAUCUGCAAGAUGUGGCUCACGUCGGACGUGCUGUGUUGUACCGCGUCCAUACUAAAUCUAUGCGCGAUAGCUCUGGAUCGCUUCUGGGCUAUUACCGACCCCAUAAACUACGCCCAGAAACGGACGGUGAAGCGGGUGCUGUCCAUGAUAGCCGCGGUAUGGAUCUUGUCGCUGAUCAUAUCUUGCCCGCCCCUAAUUGGCUGGAACGAUUGGCCGGACAACGAAGUCUUCCUCGAAAAGCAGGAGUGCAGACUGUCUUCCAGACAGGGCUACGUCAUUUAUUCGUCAUCGGGGUCCUUUUUCAUACCCCUACUGAUCAUGACCAUAGUGUACAUUCAAAUUUUCGUGGCGACCAGACGUAGACUUAGGGAACGCGCGCAGGCCUCGAAGAUCAACGCGAUCUCGCGCAACCAAACCAACCAAAUGAGAGAACGCGACCGAGACAGCGUGAGUAGCGAAACCAAUCACAACGAACUGAACGAAACCGCGAAGAAAUCGUCGAAGAAGAAGCAAAAAGAGGACCAGGCUCAGACCAAGCCCAUUUUAGCCCACGAAGAUUCGGUUACGGAUAUCGGCGAGAACUCAUCGCAAUCGCAGAAGAACGAGGACGCCAAAAACACCAUCACGCUCAUCAACUCGAACAGCAAAUCGAAGGUGAUCAUUAUGGAACCGCCGCCAAAGAAACCGCCGGCCGUCUACCAAUUCAUCGAAGAGAAGCAACGGAUAUCCCUGUCGAAGGAACGCAGAGCAGCGAGGACACUAGGUAUCAUCAUGGGUGUGUUCGUGGUGUGUUGGCUGCCGUUCUUUUUGAUGUACGUAAUAGUGCCGUUUUGCGACUCGUGCUGCCCAUCGUCCAAACUUAUCAACUUUAUCACGUGGUUGGGGUACCUCAACUCCGUUCUCAACCCCGUCAUUUACACCAUAUUCAAUAUGGACUUUCGGAGAGCGUUCAAGAAGUUGCUGAGCAUGCAGGCCAGUUAAGAACGAGCGCACCGGAAGCUCUGCGAUCACUAGUGUUAUUGAGGAUUCGUCUGGGUGCCAUGACCAAAAUGUGCUGUGCUCAAUUCGUUUUUUUUAAGUCACACGAUUUUUUUGAAAAAGUAAACCAAACCACGGGGAACCAAAGAAACGUUUAAAAAAUACGGAUUAGUUUUUUAUCGUAAGUUAGGGUAGGGAAAUAUGUUUAUUGUGUAAAGCACUAACCGAUGGAUGGAUAUAAGUAGCUUAUUUUAAAUUGUACAUAAUGUGUAUGAUGGGAAUUCUGUGAUUACUAUAGGCGGCACCGUAAAAUUGCUGUUAAAAUUAAAAAUCUCCCUUUUUUAAUAAAUUUUUCAUGCAAAGCGUUGUCUCUACUAAGGUAGAACCACUAAUGAUGCACAUUUUUAACAUUCCAACACAAUAACGGUCUUUGAUAGAAUUCCGUCUACCUUUUUGAGCUAUAAUCUCGACAAACAAUAGCAAUGCUCGCGUGUAAGAUACGCCAGAGAUUAAAAAUAUGUAUCCUGAGUGGUCCAAGUAGCUUAUAAAUAGUUAUCGUUCCAAUCGGAAGCACUUAAGUGUACUGUUUUAAUGUUGAUGUUUCUCUUCGCGGGACAUGCGCGUAUAAAAAUUAUUGAUAUUCGAAAAUGUGAGAAUGUGUAAUGACUCUGACAUUUCUGACCGAUUAAUUUCCUUGUUUUUCUCACACGGAAACAUAUUGUAUAAAAAAGGAGAAAGAAAUCUCAUAUUUUGCAAUAAAAGGCAAAGAGAAAGGCAAUGUCCAAAAUUAUACAUGAAAUCACUUUCAACAGGAAUAAGCUCGUAUAAAUGGCCGAAAAUUAAGUCAAACAUUCAUCCCUGCAAUUGGAAAUGUAUCUUUGAAAACCUCACGAUCAUUCCCAGUCACAAUAAAAAUUAA